AUGAUCGAAGAGUUCAAAGAUGACAUGACUCAAAAGUACGAAAUGAGUGACAUGGGUCUACUUCGACAUUUCUUAGGCAUGGAGAUCUACCAAGAAGAAGAGACAGUCUUUAUUUGCCAAAAGAUGUAUGCAGAAACGAUUUUGAAGAAAUUCAACAUGUUGGGAUGCAAUCCUGUCUCUACACCACUCAUUAUGGGGGAGAAAUUGAAGAAAGAAGAUGGAGGAAAAGCAGCGGAUGUCACUCAUUACCGUAGCCUCAUCGGUAAUUUACUAUACCUCACAGCAACCCGACCUGAUCUCAUGUAUGCCGCAAGCAUGCUCUCAAGAUUUAUGCAGAGCCCGAGCCAUUUCCACCUCGGUGCAGCAAAGCGUGUCUUGCGCUAUGUCCAAGGAACAACCGACCUUGGUCUAAGUUUUCAGAAAAAUCACACACUUAACCUCGUCGGCUAUUGUGGCAGUGAUCUCGGUGGGUCUUUAGACGACAUGAAAAGCACCUCGGGAUACUGUUUCUCUUUUGGUUCAGCAAUGAUCUCAUGGUUAUCCAAGAAACAACAAAGUGUUGCACAAUCAUCUGCCGAAGCCGAGUAUGUCUCAGCAUCACUAGCCACUUCACAAACAAUAUGGCUUCAAAGAAUUUUAGCCGACCUUGGUCAUCAUCAGGAUGAAGGAACCGUGCUGUACUGCGAUAACAAGUCUGCAAUUGCUAUGGCUAAGAACCCAGUUCACCACAGCCGAACUCGACAUAUAGCACUCAAACAUCAUUUUAUCCGACAAGCAAUAGAAGACAAAGAAAUUCAACUUGAGUUCUGUCGAUCUGAAGAACAGUUGUCUGACAUCCUCACAAAAGCACUUCCUAGAGAAAGCCGCUAUGGCUACAGGAACAAGGGGAUGCUGGACCAAGAACACCACAGCAAGCCCUACGGAAAUUCUUCCCCAGUCCAAGAUCAUCGACAGUCGGUGAUAAGGAAGGAAACAGUGACUGCUAGAGUACGACUUCUCUUGCAGCAACGAUGGAUCGGAGCCGAGGGAAUAGAAUUAGGGCACAACGUGCUGAAGGCUAGGGCAGAGACACUGUGA